GAACCUGCUAAACAUUGAGCAAUCCGAUCGAGCCCGACUCAAACCUCAACGACCCCCUUCUCCUCCUCCUUCUCCUUCUUCUUCUUCUUCGGCGUCCUCGCCUCCGCCGCCGCUGCCUCCUCCCGCUAGAUCCCGGCCAUGGAGGGACAGGGGAACCUCGACGCGGCGAUAGAGUCGCUGCUGAACGUGGAGAAGCAGUGCAGGCUCGCCGGCGAUGUGGCCGGCACGCGGAAGGCGGCAGUCGACAUCGUCGAGCUCUGCCACAAGGAGGGCGCCUGGAAGACGCUCAACGACCAGAUCGUGGUCCUCUCCAAGAGGAGGGGCCAGCUCAAGCAGGCUAUUACUGCCAUGGUUCAGAGAGCGAUGGAGUAUAUUGAUGUGACACCAGAUGUGGACACACGUAUUGAGCUUAUUAAAACAUUAAGCAGUGUCUCUGCUGGAAAAAUAUACGUGGAGAUAGAGAGAGCAAGAUUGAUCAAAAGACUUGCAAAAAUCAAAGAGGAGCUGGGGCAGAUUGAUGAGGCUGCCGAUUUGAUGCAAGAAGUGGCUGUUGAAACAUUCGGCUCAAUGGCAAAGACAGAGAAAAUUGCAUUCAUUCUGGAGCAGGUCCGGCUGUGUCUAGAUCAUCAAGAUUAUGUCCGAGCACAAAUUUUAUCCAGAAAAAUCAGUCCUAGGGUAUUCGAUGCAGAUACAUCAAAGGAAAAAAAGAAACCAAAAGAAGGUGAUAAUAUUGUUCAGGAAGCCCCUGCAGAAAUACCUUCCCUCUUAGAACUGAAGCGCAUCUACUAUGAACUGAUGAUUCGCUAUUACUCGCAUAACAAUGAUUACCUGGAGAUCUGCCGUUGCUACAAAUCAAUUUAUGAUAUUCCAUCCGUAAAAGAUGAUCAGGCAAAGUGGAUACCGGUUCUUAGGAAGAUCUGUUGGUACUUGGUUCUGGCACCUCAUGAUCCAAUGCAGUCGAGCCUUCUCAAUGCUACGCUAGAUGAUAAAAAUCUAUCAGAGAUCCCAAAUUUCCGAUUACUGCUGAAGCAGUUGGUUACCAUGGAGGUGAUUCAGUGGACAAAGUUGUGGGAAUUCUUCAAGGAUGAAUAUGAGAACGAAAAGAAUUUUCUCGGAGGGGCUUUAGGCACCAAAGCAGCGGAAGAUUUGAAGCUGAGGAUCAUUGAACAUAAUAUCUUGGUUGUUUCAAAGUACUACUCGAGGAUUACCCUGAAGAGGAUUGCCGAUCUUCUUUGUUUGAGCCUACAGGAAGCAGAGAAGCAUCUUUCAGACAUGGUGAACUCAAAGGCCCUGAUUGCAAAGAUUGACAGGCCGAUGGGUAUUGUAUCCUUCCGGACAGCUCAAGACAGCAACGGCGUACUCAACUCAUGGGCAUCGAACCUCGAGAAGCUUCUUGACCUGGUAGAGAAGAGCUGCCACCAAAUACACAAGGAGACGAUGAUCCACAAGGCGGUGUUGAAAGCUUAAAUGUAGCCAUUUUGGGUUGGAUGGCCUUCUUUAGGUUUUCUGCCUUUCCUUAUGGUCUAAAUAUCACAAUCUGAGGACGGGUCAAACUAUUCUCUGCUCAAGCAUCACUCACCUGUGUUGCUUUGGAAACUAUUGCCUGACCCGGUCUUAAAAUACUGGAACCCCCACAGAAUGAUGAAUACUAUUUGCUGGUGGGGUACUUGGCUGUGCUUCGGAUUUCUCAACUCUUGUACGGAGUAUUGUCAUAUUAUUUGAAUUCUUUGACCACAGUUAGUCAUCUGCUCAGAACUAGAUCCAGUUUCUCAU